GAGAAGUCUUACAAGCGGACUAUAAUAUACCUAGUUUGACUCGCUGUAGGAUAUUUAGGGACACUCUGGACUGAAGGACCACAAAUAAGAUGUGGUGAAAUUACAUUGCUGGACCACUGGUGAAAGGAUGCUCAGACAUUAGGGGGAGUAACAAAUCACACAGAAGACAUGGACCGUGUGAACAGAAACACGCCUGAUCAUGGACGACAAACACAUCAGGUGCUACAGAGCACUCCUCUGGACCUAAUAGAGACAGGGAAGGGGCUUAAGGUUCAAGCAGAACGCCCCCAUCUGGUCAGUCUUGGGAGCGGCCGACUCAGCACAGCCAUCACAUUGUUGCCCCUGCCUGAGGGGAAGACUACACUGGGCCAUGAAGCUGUGGACAUCAAUAUCCAGGGUCCUGGAGUUGCAGCUCAGCACUGUUUCAUUGAGAACAAGGCUGGAAUAAUCGUCCUAAACCCCUGUGGAAAUCAGUGUAGCAUAGAUGGACUUCCAGUCACCAAGCCUGUACGCCUGUCUCAAGGCUGCAUGCUGUGUUUUGGACAGUCGUCCUUCUUCCGCUUCAACCACCCAGAGGAGGCUUUCAGAAUGAAGAGCAUGAGACCAGAAGGACAUCUUAGAACCAGCAUGAAUAAAGACACAGAGAGCUUUGUCAAUGGGAACCACCAGUCAGGAGGACCUGAGUCUCACCCAUCCGGUCACGAGAGAGUGCGUCCUGUGCACAGUGCUAUUGUCAGUUCCAUUGAAAAGGACCUUCAGGACAUUAUGGACUCCUUAGUCAUGGAUGAACCCCUGCCAUCUUCCUCCUCCUGUGACCCCAAUAAGCCAUCCAGUCCCCAUGCUGCUCAGUCCCCGUUGUCUCCCAUGUUAAACGGAGGUGGUCGCUAUCUCCUUUCACCCCCAACGAGCCCUGGUGCUAUGUCUGUGGGCUCCAGUUAUGAGAAUACCUCUCCGCCCUUCUCCCCUCUAUCCUCACCCUCAGCUGCAAGUAGUGGAAGCUUCAACAGCCUUUCACCAAGUGGUUGCCAGGACCAGAUUCCUGCUCUUCCUCCAGUUCCGGUCAGGUCCUCCAGUUACAAUUACACGAGCCAGCCACCCAUACCUCAGCCUCGGACUAUGCUGCCUAACCCGAAGGUGCCUGAGAGCCCUCGGGCCCAGAGAAAGGCUCUAUUGGAAGCCCCGCCAAGCCCUAAACCAGCUCGCAGGGGGCUGAGUCAGGAUAGCCCUUUGGGGAAGUCCUUCGACAGCUCCAGACUGCCCCCAAUGUUGCCUUCAGUUUCAGUAUCUUCAGUAUGCAGUGAUGCAUCAUCUGUCAGACUAGCUGUACCAUCCAGUCCCAAACUGACUUCCAAAUUUACCACAGCAUCAAAUUUGUCCCCUCCUUGUCCCAGAGUAAAAAUGACUAGCAGUCUACAGGAUCAUCCAUCCAAUCUGUUUCAUGAUCAGUCACAGCCAGAUCGCUCACUCACUUCUAGCCCCUCCCAGCUUCUCUCUCCUCCACCUCGGGCAUUCCAGCCCCCCCUGGACCCAAUUGUUCACAUAAUCCAGGGUGGACAGCCACAGCCACACUCACUUCAACCUCCAGAGAGUCCUCGGCUGGCCCGCAGGAACCUAGAGGCUGGCUGCGGCAAUAGCGUGAGGGAUCUGCCACCUCUCAGCCCCUCCCUGGCACGUAGAGGAGUACCAGUACUACCAGGUGCACUUUCAGGAACCCUCCCAACCUGGUCAUCAGAGAGCCCUACUGCUAAGAUAGUUCCAGAGAGUCCCAGACAGAGACGCAAGGCUUCCUCUCCCUCUCAGGAACUAUACAGUCCCCGACUAGUGCGUGCCCGCAGCCCCUCUCCCACCUCAGAUAAUGGUGGACGCAAAGGAAGCUUUGGAAAGACUCUUUCUCCUGCCUUCAGUUUAGGCUCCCUUCCUGGAUCUACACCCUUAGCUAGUCCCAGGAACCAAAGAAAGAUGUCAGCAGGGCACAGGGACUUGCGGAUUGGCCACCCAGGCAUGAGGGAGCGCAAGAAUAGCAUCACAGAGAUCAGUGACAACGAAGACGAGUUGCUGGAAUACCACCGGCGCCAGCGCGAAGAGCGCCUUAGGGAGCAGGAAAUGGAAAGGCUGGAACGGCAGCGACUCGAGACCAUCCUGAACCUCUGUGCUGAGUACAAUAAGAGCGACGGGCCGAGCGUGAUGGGUGUCUCCAGGCCCACUAUGACGCAGAGACAGCGGGAGAGUGAUGAAGAGAAUCUGAGAGAGGAGUGUAGCAGUACAGAGAGUACACACCAGGACAGGAGGACACCAAACAACCUGCAGAAUGGAGACAACACACAGCUGGAAGAGACGUCAGGCAGUGGGACGAGACUGGAACUGAGUUAUCUGGAGGAGGAACGGGUGCGAGUGCUGGCGAGGGUUGAUGAGCUGAAGACUCGGCUCAUGGAGCUGGAACAGCAGCUACAGGAGAACAAACAGGAGGCGGAGAUGGAAAGGGCCUUGCUUCAGGGUGAGAGGGAGGCAGAACUUGGCCAGAUUGAGACUGAGACUGACAUCAUCGCCCAGCUGCAGCACAAAGUCAAUGAACUGGACAGCACCUUCCAGAGGGAAAAGGACAAGGAGAGGGCGAACGUUGACAGCCAGCGGGAAGCCCUGGAGAGGCUUCAGGAUGGCUACAAUGAGCUGAAGAGCCAGCUGCAUAACUGCCCUGAGUCUCUAAGGGAGCAGUUGCAGGAGCAACUCAAAAGGGAAGCAGAGACCCUGGAGGCUGAGACGAAGCAGUUCGAGGACCUGGAGUUUCAGCAGCUGGAGAAGGAGAGCAGUCUGGAGGAGGAGCGGGAGACAAUUUCACAACAGUUAAUGCAAGAGAAAGCUCAGUAUCAGAGCAGCGUGGCCAAGAGAAAGGACAAGGUUGCAGCGCUAGAGAAACAGGCCAAUCAGCUGGGCCUGCAGGCUGCACAGGAGUGUGAAAAGCUGGCUAAGGACAGGAGCGUCACCCUGCAGCUGCUUCAGAAGGAGAAGGAGAGACUGGCUGGUCUGGAGAAGAGAUACUUCAGCUUAACUGGAGGCAGGACUUUUCCCAAGGGCUCCAGCACAUUAAAAGAGGGUUACUGCAGGAUGGUAGAUGCCUGUAGGAUGUAUGUGAGCGAAACCCAGCUGACCAAAUCUGCUUCACAUGACCCUUCACUUAGACUUGACCCAGCAGUAACUGCCCCCUGCGAGGACUAUGUUACGGUGGGCCAAUUAAACCAGAUCUAUGGGAUGCCGAAGGUGGAUUCCUCCCCCACCUCUCCUGCCCAAUUGCGUCACCGCACCUUCACUGAUCCUGCCUUUUCCUGUCUUCCUUCUCCUCAUGGCUCCUCUCUAUCUCUCUGUUUUGAGAGUCAGCUGGAGCGGCUUAGGCCUCAGAUCCCAAGGCUAGAUUUAGAGCGCUGGUACCAGGAGGUGAUGGCGGCUGGAGAUCCCAGCCAGCUGUGCCAGCCUCCUCUCCCAGCUAAAGAUCACUCAGCACACAGACCUCUGCAGGUGUAUCGCUCCAGGCUAGACAGCGAUGCCAGUCAGUCCUCACAGAAGCCCAGAGUGAGUGCUGGACUUUCCCCCACCACCUACACCACCGCUAGCGCCACACUUGGCCGCAACACUUCCUCCAGGAGUCCCAUCAUGGUGGUGAACAGCACCGGCAGUCUCCCUCGCAACCUCGCAGCCACGUUACAGGACAUCGAGAUGAAGAGACAGCUGGCGCUGCAACAGAAAGACUACCUGCCAUCAUCGCCUGAGUUUUCCACCAUGGACAGUCUCACAGGUCAGCAGGUGAUAGAGGAGCAGCGGCGUCGUCUGGCCGAGCUGAAGCAGAAGGCUGCAGCAGAGGCUCAGUGCCAGUGGGAGGCGCUGCACGGCUCCCACACACAGCUCAGCAGCUCUCCAGCACCUCCGUUGGUCCAUCACUCCAUCCUGCACCACACAGCACCCUCUGCUGGAGAGGACAACUACGACACGCUCAGUCUGGAGAGCUCGGACAGCAUCGACACCAGCGUGUCCACCAGCAACAACUCCGCCUGCUCACCAGAUAACAUGUCCAGUGCAAGCGGGAUGGAUGCGCUGAAAAUCGAAGAGAUGGAGAAGCUUCUAAAGGAGGCUCAUCUGGAGAAGGCCAGACUCCUGGAGUCUAAGGAGCGAGAGAGCCAGGCACGUAAACAGCUGCUAGAGGAGGAGAGGAAGAGGAGGGAGGAGGCAGAGAAGAGGCUGCAGGAGGAGACGGUGCACCGGCAGCAGCUCAUCGAGAAGGAGGUGAAGAUGAGAGCAAAGAACUUUUCUCAGGCUCGACCCAUGACGCGCUACCUGCCCAUCCGCAAAGAGGAGUUUGACCUGCGCUCGCAUGUCGAGUCAUCGGGUCACAAUGUGGAGACCUGCUAUCACAUCAUCCUGACAGAAAAGAUGUGUAAGGGCUACCUGGUCAAGAUGGGUGGAAAGAUUAAAUCGUGGAAGAAACGCUGGUUCGUCUUCGAUCGCCUUAAACGCACCUUCUCCUACUACGCCGACAAGCAUGAGAGCAAGCUGAAAGGAGUAAUCUAUUUCCAGGCCAUUGAGGAAGUUUACUACGACCAUUUACGCAGUGCAACGAAGAGUCCAAACCCCUCCCUGACCUUCUGCGUGAAGACCCACGACAGACUGUACUACGUGGUGGCUCCGUCUGCAGAGGCCAUGCGGAUCUGGAUGGACGUGAUCGUAACAGGAGCAGAAGGCUACACGCAGUUCAUGAACUAAAGUCGUACGAGGACAUUAAAAAAGAAGAAAUAAAAGGUCAAGCGUUCACGCCAGGGAAACUUCAAGCCUUUUUUUUUUUUAUUUUAUAUACUUUUCUUUCUAGGAUGUAUAUUCAUCUCAGCUGUACAGUCGUCAGACGGUCGUCAGAGGUUUUCUACACCUUAUGCCUGGAUUUUAAAAGGGAUUCUUACAAGAUUUAAAAAAAAAAAAAAAAAAAAAAACGAGAAGCAAUUGUUUGUUGAUGGUUUUGACCAACAGACAUCUCUGUGGCAUUUCAUCGUGUG